AUGACUGGAACUACAAUGAAUGCAGCUGGAGAUGGAACUGCUAGCACUGGCAGUGGUACACGCACAACAACAUUCCCUGUGAUUGAUCACAAUCAUCCCCUGUUUCUUCAAAAUACAAAAGUUCCAGGUAGUUCUCUAAUCUCACUACAAUUAACAGGUUCAGAGAACUAUGCUUUGUGGAGCAGGUCUUUUCGAAUUGGUUUAGUAGGUCGAAGUAAGCUAAGAUUUGUGAAUGAAAGGUUUCCUAAGUCUAUGUUUGAGCCUGAAUUACAUGAUCAGUGGGAAAAAUGUAAUGCAGUAGUUUUUAGUUGGAUUAUGAAUGCAGUGAGACCUAGUCUCCUUAGCUAUGUUGUAUAUGCAUCUGAUGCUAGAAAGGUGUGGCUAGAUCUGAGAGAAAGGUUUGACACUAUGAAUGGAUCCAGAAUUUUUCAGCUACACUGA